AUGGCGAAGAGGUUCGCGGUGGAGCAGUUUCCGCCGGACGCGGCGUGGAUCGAACACGCCGAUCGCGUGCGGGAGUUGGCGGCGUACGAGGCGGCGUUUGGGGUCGAGUCGGAUGCGAUGGCGUGUGUGCCGUCGAGCGCGUCGGUGGAGGGGAGAAUCGAUGCCGUGUGCGCGCGCGUGGAUGCGUUGGUUUUGGAAUCGCCGGCGACGGUUUCGGGCGUCGGGACGUCGGAGGACGACGAUGAAGACGAGCGCGACGAGGAGGACGGUGCGUCGGACGCAGUCGCCGAUGACGCGACGGUUGUCGUUCUGGAGGCUGUGGACGACGACGACGACGACGAUGACGAGGGCGUGGAUGAAGAUCGUAUCGCGUCGACGGAGAUGUGUUCGUCGUCGUCGCCGUCGUUCGACGAACGCGACGUCGUCUUCGAGACCACGCCCGAGCGAGACGACGCACCGCGAGAGCACCGAGUCGUCGUCGUCCCUAAGGUGUUAAUUUUGGACGACACGCUCCCGCAAUCAAACACCGUGAGUUUUGUGCCUCCAAGGGAAGCCGCGUCGCGCAAACUCACGGGCAAAAUCACAAAGGCGAGCGCGUACUGGCGCAAUGUACGUGGCGGGAACGACGGCAUCGACCGACCAAUCGUCGUCCGAUUCGCGCCUCCGACGCCACUUUCUCCCCAGUGCGCGACGCCGAGCCCGCCUGCGGUGGUCAAAACGCUCUCCGCGUACCCGGAGACGCCUCCGUGGUACGUCAAAAAAUUCAACGCGGAGACGCGCGAGUUACAGAAAACCGCUCGAACACUCAUCGACUGGACCACCGAGACGUUCAACGAGCUCUGUCCAGAUCUAGACGACUUCACGUACACCCUGUCGUGGUUCGACACCGCCGAGGCCGCCGUCGCCGGACCGUCGCGAUUCGAGCGCGCCAAGCUUGAGUAA